AUGAGACAUUUAGAAACAAAUUCUAAUGAGUACAAGGAUAGCGAGAUCAUUCCUCAAGAUGAGUCAGCAUGGGAUACCAUUGGCCCCAUCCUUAUUGGGGCAGCUGUGCUAUUAGUUUUUGUCUGAUGAUGCACAUGCUUCGUUUUAUUCGUAAAAUAUGUUAUCUUGCGAGGUGAUAAAGACAAAGUCUUUUCAAUUAAGGACCUGCAAAAGAAAUAAAGAAGAGCAAAAGACAACUCCUGAUUCAGAACAAGGCGAUCAAGAAUGACAAUCUGAGCACAAUAUGGGUCAAGGUGUAAACAAUAUGAAAGAGGAGUUUAAACGAGUUCAAUGAGAUGACGAACGGACUUCAAUCGUGAAGCUACAGCAAGCUAAACGAGGAUCUGUGAAUACUCCUUUAGUAAACAACUUCACAAGAGACAAAGAAAUAACAGCAAGAACAAGAAAUAAGAGGUUCUCGGUGAAGAUCCCAUGCAAGCCUAGCUCUGGACUAGUUGAGCGAAUCAGUGUUCUAAGUUAUGGAUCUACAAAGAAUACACUCUCAACAAAUGAAGCUCCGAAUAUUAAGGAGAAGUAUAAAAACCCAAGGAUUUCUACAAUCGAUGAAUGCAUUGAAAUAGCUACUCAUAGCGAUCGUGAAAUAAUCGGAAAUAAAAGUGCUGAAUCUUCCCUAAAACCUCCGACUGGGAGAUCCAUAAAACAAACUAAACGUACUGCAAAAAUAAAUAACUUCAGAAGACAAUCUGAAGCCGUCCCUUUCCACCAUCUAAAGCCCCUUCAGACCAAACUAAACAUCCCUUCCCAUGACGAAGAAGAGGACCAUAAAAGCGUGAGCUCAGCCAACUCCCUUACAAAUUCCAAAAACUCCUGCACCAGAAACAAAGGCAGACCAAUAAACCUAAAUAUCCAGCGGAAGUCUCAAAUCCACACUCUGUCGAAAGGGUCAGCCCUCGAAAUAGAUGUUACCAAUUCCGACCCAGAAAGGAUCAAUAUUUAUCAAUAAUUACCUUAUAUUUGGCCUAAAGGAUCUUGAACGGCAGAAGAAAGAGAGGUAAAUGAGUGGGUUUAGAGGGUUUGAGGGGAUAUCUCUACUUCGAUUCUAAAACGCCUCUAAAGAUUUUGAAACAUUUUC